GUCUCACUCAAUUAUUAAGCUACGCUGUCAUGUCGCAUUUUCGCAGAUGAGUUUUCGUUUGUUUUCAAUCGACUUUCUGCUAUUGAUUCCACCCUCCUCGUACUAAUAAGGAAAUCUGAAAGCUGAAAAGGAUUUUCGAAGUUAAUUCUAAGGUUGAUCUACGUUGACCCGUAAAAACCAGUGUUAUCUAAAACGAUAACCCAUUUUCCCAAAUCGAGUGAAUCAUGUUGGUGCUAGUUCUAGGCGAUCUACACAUUCCGCAACGAUGCAGCAGCCUUCCGGCCAAGUUCAAAAAGCUCCUUGUCCCAGGACGCAUCCACCACAUCUUGUGCACCGGAAAUCUGUGCAGCAAAGAAUCGUUCGACUAUCUGAAAACUUUAGCUAAUGAUGUUCACAUCGUACGUGGAGACUUCGAUGAGAACAUGAACUACCCGGAACAGAAAGUGGUCACUGUUGGUCAAUUUCGAGUGGGUUUAACCCAUGGUCAUCAAGUGGUGCCGUGGGGAGAUCCGGAAGCGUUGGCCCUAAUCCAGCGACAGCUUGAUGUGGAUAUUCUGAUCUCGGGCCACACACACAAAUUCGAAGCGUACGAGCACGAGAACAAAUUCUACAUUAACCCCGGAUCGGCCACCGGAUCUUACUCGGCUCUGGAUUCGGCAAUCAUUCCGUCGUUUGUGCUCAUGGACAUUCAGAGCACAACCGUUGUCACAUAUGUUUAUCAGCUGGUAGGUGACGAUGUAAAAGUUGAACGAAUCGAAUAUAAGAAAAAUUGAGCAGUUUGCGAAUCAUACCAUGACAAAAGGGCCUGCAAAUGCUGUACCUAUAUUCAGACCUGAUGGAGUUUUGAAAUCAUUACUGUCUGUAUUGAUGUCCACGCUGAACUCGAUAUUGAGCACGGCAAUGUUUAUAGGCCUUGAUGUUAGGUUAAAAAUUCUUUGAAAAUAUUAGUUAUUGUAACUAUUGUUUUUUUCUGUAAAACUAAAUAAAACAUCUCAUUUAUCGAUAUCUAU